AUAUAUAAAUGAAGUUUGCAAACAUAGUGAAGGAGAACCUAGCCUACAGGGACUCCAAGAAGAGUUCACAGUUGAAGACUGGGAACAAAUUUAGCAGUGGCUGCUACGAUGACCUUGAGACUGAGAGUUUUGGGGGUGAAGAGGGGUCAGAUGAAACUUGAGUGGUGGGAUUGUCGAAGAAAAUGCCACCUAGCCGUUGUCUCUCUUUUAAGAAUUCGGAGAGGAAUUUUGAAGAGAGGGGGAUAAGAGAAGGGAAUCACUUCUAUAACACAGAGAAAGUUAGGAAGAACUCUUUCUUAGAUGCUCUUCUGUCUCACAGAGAUGAUGUCCUUAAAACUAUUGCAAGGGUUAAUAGAAACACCCAAAUCAGUCAUUCAAAGACAGAUCUAAGCGAAAUGCCAAGCACCAAAAAGUUGUCACAAACAAAUGUCACGCAAUCUUCUUCCUUUACCCAGACAAGUGUUGAAGGGCCACAGCUGAAUAUUAUGAUGAAGUACAAAGAGUUAUGACCAUCGAAAGAGGUGGUUGAUACACCUCCCAAUGUGGAUAUCUCCUCAGUCGACCCAAUGCCAGACCUCCGGUCUAAGAGGAUUAGUAAUAACAAUGUCUAUGACUACCAGCUUUCGAUGUCAGAUAAGCAUAAAUUCAUGUCUGAGAAUGAAGAAAAAUACCAGGUUUUACAUAAAAGUACUAAUUUGUUAAUGCAGAAUCGGCGGAAAACUACCGCUAGCAGGUCAAUCAUGUCCAGUGAAUGCAGCAGAAGGACCUCUUGAGAUCAAGAUCAGUUGUCUCAGAGCAAAAUUAGAAGAGUUGAAAAAAAUUUGAAGAAGUAUACACCUAAACCAAAAUCUCGAAGAACUCACUAUAGAACUAAUAAUGGGCAUUAUUCAGUAGGCAGCUUCUAUACUCCAAGAGUUUAUAAGAGUCAGUUCAAUACUUCUGGGAAGGGAUCUUCCAUUAAGAAGAGUUUAGUCAACCUUGAGCAAUGAGAAUCGGGGAUUUUAAGACAGAGUAAAUACAAAAAAUCAAAUUACGAGAAAGCUCACCAAGGUCACAAAGUUAUUCAGAAAUAAAUUGAAUAGGAGGAAAUCAGAUAUCAGUUGACAGUCUUCAAAGGCUCUACUCAAGUCUAAAAAGCAAUCAAAGAGACGUUUAAAAAUUUUGGGAGUAAAAUCGUUGAACCAAACCGUACACAAAAAUAACAACUUGAAGAGUUUGAAACAAUGUUUGAAGAAGAGAGUUAUGGAGUACAAAACAAUGCAUAGUAUCUCUUCAAGCCAGAAAGAAUCUAGUGGGGAUAUAAAUCUCCACCACUCAAUGAAGCCAGGAAGGAUAGUGCCUAUAAGCAAGGCAGUGAGAAAUUGUCCCAACUCUAAGCUGUUAUGAAAAUGCACUAAAUUUAAUAAUCUUGAGUCCCCGUAUAUUUAUUGUACAAAGAGCUAUGUCUGGCUUGCAAAUGCAUUCAGUCAUUCCACACCAGGGAGCUUCAGUAUCAAUACGAAUAAAGAACUGCAGAAGCUAAUCUCUGCUUAUCACAGGUGAUCUAAUAUGAAGAUAGAGGAGUCUAUAGAGGAACAGAUCCAGAAAGAUAUAGUUCGAACAUUCCCGAAUAACUCAGGAUGUCACUCAAUGUACAAGGUGCUAUCUGCUUACUCAAAUCUGACUGAAAUGAAAGACAAUUCACGGAAAAGAAGAUUGAGGGAUACAGACUUAGUACUCUAUGAUUCAGACCAGAAGUAUAGUGAUGACUCAUCCGUCAGCACCAAGCUCUCUAAAGUCGGAAGAAAUAGAGAUAGCUCCAUUAAGAAGGAUGUAAUCGAUAGCUUCUGAGAGAUUUCCUUCGAAGACACCACGCAGUAUGUCCAGGGAAUGAAUUUCAUUGUAGGGAUUCUUUGCCAUCAUCUCAGCCCUGAAUUAGCCUUCUGACUAUUCGUCAAGCUCAUUAAGGACUAUGACCUUGAGGAUAACUACACUCCUGGAUUAGUUGGAUUUAAGAAGAAGUCUGAUAUCCUGACGAAUCUGAUAAAAGUUCAUCUGCCAGAUUUGUAUCGUUUCUUAAAUAUCAAGAAUAUCUUCCUUGAAAUGUUCACUGUAGAGCUGAUAAUGGCAUUGUGAGGAAGUAUCCUCCCAUAUGAUAAUUUGGUCAGGUUCUACGAUUACUUCUUUUCAUACAAAUGGGACUAUUUCUAUGGAUUCAUCAUCAUGUUUCUGAAGGAGAUUCAAGAUAUGCUGAUGAGUAAAGAAGAUCCAGCUGAAAUUAUUCAGAUUUUGAAAGAUUACACUUUCAACAAGACUUAUAAGAGUACUAUCAACUGUAGAGAUGAAUAUCAAGAAAAUAGGAUUGAGCUUCAAUGGUCUCUUAUCCUUUCUAAUGCUCUGGAUUGGGUCCGUGAUUAUAGGAUUAGUAGGUAAAUCCAAUUAGCUUAACGGCUACUCCUUUAUGUCUCAACUUUUGC